AGAACGCAUAGUUGUUAGCAGUCGACAACGCCGGCGAGGAGGGAGGGGCACGCGGUGUGUGGCAGUCACUCUGCCAAGAAAGCGCCCUGAGACGCGGUCUGAUACGUUGCAGCAAUGGCAGAGGCUCAUCAGGCUGUGGCGUUCCAGUUCACGAUAACACCGGAAGGCAUCGACCUGCGUCUUUCCUAUCAAGCCCUCAACCAGAUCUACUUGUCAGGAGUGCGAUCAUGGAAAAAGCGUGUCAGCCGCUUAAAGAACCGGAUGAUCAAGGGAGUGUACCCAGCCAGCCUUUCAUCCUGGCUUUUUGUCGCCAUCGCCAUCCUGGCCACAAUGUAUAUGCGCUCUGAUCCUAGCAUGGGGCUCAUUGCCAAAAUACAGCAACACCUUCCCCUCAGCCUGCACCUGUCUCUCAGCACUCAAGGUCAGACCAUGCUGUCUGCGCUGGUCUUUAGCACGCUGCUGUGGCUCUCUCUCAUCCUGGCUCUCAGGUUCUGCCUCAAGCUGCUUCUCUCCUACCACCAAUGGAUAUUUGAGCAGCACGGUCGAGCUUCCAACACCACUAAAAUCUGGGGGACUCUCCUGGGGCUCUUAUCAAGCAGGAAGCCUCUACUGUACAGCUACCAAACCUCUCUACCUCACCUGCCUGUUCCUGCCAUAAAGGACACCCUGAGCAGGUACAUGGAGUCCGUGCGCCCUCUAUUGGCUGAUGCAGAUUUUAAACGGAUGACAAAGUUAGCCUCCGAGUUUGAGCGCAACCUGGGAAACCGCCUCCAGCGCUACUUGAAACUUAAAGCUCUAUGGGCUACUAACUAUGUGAGUGACUGGUGGGAGGAGUACAUUUACCUGCGGAGCCGAGGGCCCAUAAUGGUCAACAGCAACUACUAUGGCAUGGACUUCCUGUAUGUGACCCCGACUUCCGUGCAAGCUGCCAGGGCAGGCAACACAAUCAGUGCUAUGUUGCUGUACCGCAGGAAGGUCAACAGGGAGGAGCUCAAACCGAGCCGCGUUCCUGGUACAUUCAUCCCUCUGUGUGCUGCCCAAUAUGAGAGGAUGUUCAACACAACACGCACUCCAGGAAUUGAAACAGAUGUUCUCCAGCACUGGCUGGACAGUGAGUUUGUUGCUGUGUACCACAAGGGACGCUUUUUCCGCCUGUGGGUGUACCGGGCCGGCCGCCUGCUCUCUCCUAGGGAGAUCGAGUUCCAGAUUCAGAAGAUCCUGGAUGACCCCUCACCCCCACAACCUGGGGAGGAAUAUCUAGGAGCUCUCACAGCCGGUGACAGGAUUCCUUGGUCUGAGACGAGGAAGCAAUACUUCAGCACCGGCGUCAAUAAGCGGUCGUUGGAUGCCAUCGAGAAGGCCGCCUUCUUCGUAACUCUGGAUGAUGAAGAGCAGGGCAUGAGGGGAACUGACCCAGAAGGAAACUUGGAUCGCUACGCCAAGUCGCUGCUCCAUGGCAAAUGUUACGACAGAUGGUAUGAUAAAUCAUUUUCUGUUGUGAUCUACAAGAAUGGGAAGAACGGACUUAACGCUGAGCACUCCUGGGCUGAUGCACCAACUGUUGCUCAUCUUUGGGAGUACACAUUAGCUACCGAUGCGUUCCAUCUGGGAUACACAGAGGAUGGACAUUGUAAGGGUGAAGUGGACCGCUCACUACCCCACCCACAGAGGCUCGUCUGGGACAUCUCGCUGGAGGUUCAUGCCCAAGUGAGCAACUCCCUUGCUGUUGCCCAGGCACUGGCCAAUGAUGUUGACUGCCAUGUCUUCCCCUUCAGAGACUUUGGUAAAGGCCACAUAAAGAAGCUUCGGGUUAGCCCUGAUGCAUUCAUUCAAAUCGCCUUCCAGCUGGCCUACUACAGGGACCGUGGAAGUUUCUGUCUGACUUACGAAGCAUCAAUGACCCGUCUUUUCAGGGAAGGACGCACCGAGACUGUGCGAUCCUGCUCCAGUGAGAGCAGUGCCUUUGUCAAAGCUUUGGAGAGUUCAGAGACAGCAGAACACUGUUGCCGCCUCUUCAGACUGGCUUCAGAGAGGCACCAGAAUCUUUAUCGCCUGGCAAUGACUGGAGCAGGAAUUGACCGACACCUCUUCUGCCUUUAUGUCAUCUCUAAAUAUUUGGGAGUGGAGUCACCCUUCCUCAAAGAGGUUUUGUCAGAGCCUUGGCGCCUCUCCACCAGUCAGACACCAGUUCAGCAUAUGGAUUUGUUUGACCUGAAGAAUAACCCUGAAUUCGUAUCGCUUGGCGGAGGCUUCGGACCUGUUGCUGAUGAUGGUUAUGGCAUUUCUUAUAUCAUCGUAGGCGAAGACAUGAUCAACUUCCACGUGUCGUCCAAGUACUCCUGCAGUCAGACUGAUUCUCACAGGUUUGGAGCUCAGAUAAAGAAAGCCUUCCAAGACCUCAUGACUCUCCUCUCUACGGAAACUCCUCCAUCGUCCAAAGCCAAGCCUCUGUCCAAGAAAGCCCUUUGAAAGCUGGGUGAAUAUUCUCCACGGCCCAAAGUGAAAGUAAGAUUGUACUCAAUGGCCAUCUUUGUUUACGCUCCCUUUCUUCACAAGUUGAUGAAGCUACAUUUUGGCAAUCGAUCCCUGUGCUGUUUUAGCGCAGGAAAACAAACUUUUUUUUGGACACAGCAUUAGGUUUACCUGCACAAGCUAACUGGUUAGCUUCAUAAGAUGGGCCCAAAAUCACCAACAGCUCUUGGGUAGGGAUAUAACGUUAAACACUAUAGUGAUAAACCGCCGUAAAACUUUCCACGGUGAGUAUUACCGUUUUAAAUGAAAAUCAUCGUAAAAUCGUGAUUGAUGACACUGAUGAUAUGACGGACCGGUGAUACUGCUCAUUUACUGAAUAAGCUCGCUAGCGCUAAAAUGCUAACAGGAAAACAAUUCGGAAAAUACGUACCCCAAUCUAAACUUGUACAAACACAUUGUUGUCUCGGCAACUAAACUAUUCCACUGUUAUCGAUCUAUAAGCGAAGCAAUAAUUAAAACAGGAAGUGAACUCGCGUGACGUCCAAUGAACAGGAAGUGAUGCACCCAAAACCUGUUUAUUCAUCAUUGAAAAGUAUUGUAAAACCUUUACAAAUUUUAACUGAAAAUCAACUUAUUUUAAAACUUGAAUAAGAAUAUAAUAGCUCUUUGGAAGCCAAAACACUACGUAGUAUUUCCUCUGCUAAUAAAAGUAUAUUGUUUUCCAUCUAUUUUUCUUUGUAAUAAAUGUAUUGUGUGCGUAUAAGUACCUUUUGAGCGCAUUUAAAAACACAGUGAUAAUAUAACCGUGAACAUUUUGGUUGUGAAAUAAAAAUGUCACAUUGUUUCAAAUCCCUACUCCCAGGACAAUUUAGAGCCAACAGUCUUCUCCUGAUUGUCCUUUGGUGUACCUAAUGUUGUGUCCGUGGCCUUAAGUACACCACAUGACUUGUGUUGUUCGGAUUGAAGCACAUUAAAGACCUUGGUUGUCUAGACAAUGUGAGUCACUUUACAUCAAUGUGGUAUUUUCAGGUAAUGUUGUCAGUUUUAGUUUCAGUUUGCACAACAGGACAGUGACGACAAAGUGAAAAUUUAAGGAGUCUGUUAUGAAUUGAGUGAACACUGCAGCUGGACCUCUGUGAAAGCUAAAAAAAAGUCCACAAAGAAAUAGGAGAUGGUCGGUGAAGCACAGAUUUUUUUCAAACUGUGCUGUUGUUGAGUACACGUGUGCCUGGAGUCUUCAGUGAUACAAUGCAGUUUUAAUCAAGCAAUUCCUCAAGAAAACUUUGUCUUUUUUGUUGUUGUUUUGUUUUGGGGGGGUUUUUUUUACUUGAAUGUAUGACAUUUUGCUGCUGUUGUCGCCAUACAUUUUAUGUAACAGUCACGAUAAGUGUUUUGAUUUUUUUAAUAUUCCCAACUUGGAUUCUUUUCUAAGUCAGGAAUAAUGAGUACAGUUUGUUUGUACUUGUGAAAAGAAAAGUUGACUUUCAAAUCUGCCUUUUAAAGCUUAAAAAAUGCUAGUAGUGAAUGUUCAGUAUACACUUCCAUGUAAGGCACUAGUGUCCAUAGUUGUUUUUUUAUUGCCCCUCACCCUAAUAAUGAAACUAAUUCAUUGUUAUUGAGCUAUAUAAUUAUUAUUACACUAGUUAGCGUUGUCAUUUAAGUUCAAGUUAAAGUACUAAUGAUUGUCUCACACACACAGUAGGUCUGGUGAAAUGUGUCCUCUGCAUUUGACCCAUCCCCUUGUUCAGCCACUGGGAGGUGAGGAGAGCAGUGAGCAGCAGUGGUGGGCGCGCCCGGGACUAAUUUUUGGUUAUUUAACACCCAAUUGCAACCCUUGAUGCUGAGUGCCAAACAGGGAGUUAAUAGGUCCCAUUUUUAUAGCCUUUAGUAUGACUCGGCUGGGGUUUGAACUCACGACCUACCGAUCUCAGGGCGGACAUUCUAACCACUAGGCCACUGACUAGGGCAGCACAUCAAGAUAUGAAUGUCUUUUUCAGAUACUUCAGCAUAUCUUGGCCUACAGUGGAUUGGUUUCUGCAUAUUUCAU